AUGUACCCUAAAGGAUUUUGGUGGGCCGUGCCCUCCCUUACAACACUGGGGUAUUUCAAUUCUGUUUAAGAUAACUGCAUUUGCAACUAAACGUAUUUCUAAGUUUUAAACUUUAGUUGCAACUUUUUAUGAUUAAUCCUUUCCUAUAUUAAGUACGGUGACGUAACUCCAAAGUCCUUUCUUUGCCAUAUAUUUGACAUUAUCUGGGUUCUGGUGGGAGCAAUUAUGAUGUCAUUGUUCACAGGCUUAAUAAUCAGUGCCAUGCAAGCCUCCCUUGAUGGCACAAAAUACAAAGAUAUCGCUGGUAAAGAGGUGCAUAUAAAGUCAUCUUAAGUGUUGCCAAAAAGAAGACGGAUCUGUCCUUUAGUUUUAAUUUGAAAACAAAACUGUUUUUAUAAAUGUACCUUUUUUAGUCCUCUCUGAGUUCUAAGUACAUGUAGCAGAAAUCAACUCCCCAUAGUUUUUGGUAUUAAUGCAAAUUAUUUACUUUUCAUAUCAGGUCGGUGUCUUAGCUCCUUUUCUCACAACCCAAAAAGUUGCUGAAGAGUUUGAUGCAAAGAUCAUCAGUAAGUGAGAAUUCAUUUAUGGUAACAAUGAGCUGUAAUGCCACAAAUCAUAGCAAUAAGAUGAAAUGGCAACAAGUUAAUAUCAUUUUUGGUAACACUAAAACUUCCUCAACAAGGUAAGAACUUUAUUCUCGUCUUGGCUGCCUAUAUACUGAAUGUGCUAAAAAAAACAAAGCAAUGAAAAUUUGAUAAAUGAUAACCAUGUGGAGAAAAAACCUGAAGCCGGCAAAAAAUUUAAUGGUGGUCAUUUGGCAUACAGUUUUGAAGUGCACAAGUAUUUAGAGGACACCAGGUAUAAGAAUUACGGUAAAGGCUACGUUUAACAAGACAGAGUUGUCGGAAUUUCUACUUCAAUAAAGUUCUCACAUCCUUUAUUACCAUUGUGAAUAUUAUUAUCAACAAUCAGGUGAUCAAUACUAGCUGCACAACAUGAACGGAGUUAGUUUUCAUCAACAAAGGACUUUAGCUCUUUAAACCCAUUAACCUACGUUCCCAUACUGAUUUGAUCAAGGAACUUCUAAUCUACAGACUUUGAAUCUCUUCAAGAAAUGCAAAAAAAUCUUAGCCAAGGAGCAAUUGGAAGAGUAUCGUUGGAUCAUAACACUACAUUGUACUUUCUGGAUAAAUUUGUCUCGCAACAAAGCGAACAAAUUCGAAUGAUACGUAACAUCAAUUAUCCAAUGGAGUAUUAUCAGGCGCCUGUAAGCCAUGACGUCACACCACCACCAACAAGGUCACCAAAUGGAUCCAAUGACUCCGAGGAGCAACGAUUUAAAAGGAAACAAGACCUUUCCAGGUGCGGGAAGAAUUUAAAAGAUUUAUUCAUAGACCUGGUCUCGGUUGCUAAGGAAACUGCAAAAGAACAACUUAUUCCGGCUGAGGUACGUCUAAGUGAAAGUGUAUUUACCAGCUGUUCACUUAUUUUAACACGCGCAGCCGUUCAGUGCAUUUGCCUUGAUUUCUUUAGUCUUUUUAAGGCUUAACUUCUCGCAGACAACAGGCUCAGCAAGGGUUAGGGUAAGAAAUAGAGGUUUAAUUCCACUAUCUCAAAAAAUACCAAAUUCAUUUUGACUCACCUUCAAAUAUUCCUUUCCUCAAGCUCGGGAGUCGAUAAACUUUUGGGAGUUUACAGUAACUUAAAUGUCAACCUACUUGGGUCAGUAUAAAUCGAAAGUUUAUCGGAAAAGUUUCCGCAGCUGAUGAUUUUCCAAGUCCUUAGAGGUAAAUUAAAAGACUAAAUCGUACUAGUGGAGUUAACAAUAACAAAACAAUUUUCAAAAUAACGCCUUGAGGUCAUUUUACUCGAGUAGAUUACCAAUUGUGAAAUGUAAAUAAUAAAAAUCACAUCUAGGUUAUAAAAACGAGUAUGUUUUCCUCCACUGAACAAUUGUCUGUAUCUCUUUUGAAUGAAACUUUCAACCUUUUUCAAGAAAUUCUAGGACAGAAUGACUGAAUCAUAAUAUUUCCCUUCUUGAAUUAUUGAUCUUUACAGAGCGCAAACCUGUCCGAUGAAAUGGAAGGGUUUUUUUCAACCGGCUCGAAAAUGACCCUGUGGAUGUUGAUUUAUCUUCUGGUGGUAUUUCUCGGGCUGGUGUUUCUCGGUAUCUUAUGUCAAGUCUACACCAAGUGU